AUGCCACCAACAAAGAAGCAGCAACGACGGUUCUCGCCAUACAGUACUCCGUUGCAGAAGCGUCGAGCUUCAGUCCACGAUGAACCAGGCCCAGUUCGGAGUCAGUCGUUUGUUCAGCCACCGCAAAAUGCACAAAACUCAACGGAAUGGGCAACACUUCCCGAAGUCGAUACGGGAGCCCCAGCCGUCCGUUUGCAGAAGUUGAACGACGCUCUAGAGCUAAAUAGAGCGCUGCAGGAACAGCUUCGCGAACAACUGAGGGAUAUUACUCGCCGGAAGCGAGAGAAUGAGGAUGCACAGAAGAAGGUGGAGCCGUUGAUAGAGCCAGAACGUCCUCCUUAUCCGACUCGUCAUUUUUCCAUUGACUUUGAGGAUGCGCGCGACGGCUCGGUCCCACCCGACAACUACGACGUCCAGAUCGAAAAACUGCUGUUUGGACGCUGCAUCAAAGCGGAAAUCAUAUACAGGAAGGGCCGAUGGAAGCCGACUGAACACGAGGCACUUGUGAAGGCGAUCGAUUUCUAUAAUAAGAAGCUAAGAUACAACCGACAGACAGGCGAAAUUGACCCGGGGUUGGAGUCUACAUCGGAGGAGUUCAUUCAGCUCUUGGACUGGGAGGCCGUGUCUGGACUUGUUGGAGAGCGGACUGCCGCCGAAUGUAAACGAGAAUGGAUCCUCAACCGCGGUCAGCUGGCACGAGGGCCCGUCGGAAGCAGGAAAGACUUCACCACCAAGGAUAUGAAGAGAUUGAGGCAGGCGGUGGCGACAUAUGGGGGCCGAAGUUGGGAUUUGACUGCCGAGUAUGUUGGGAACGAUGCAACGCCUAUCCAAUGCUUUCGAGAGUACCAGAUCAAACUGACCAAGGAUGUUAAGAAUCGCCCAUGGACAGAUGAAGAAGGCGUGAUCCUCCGCCGUGCAGUUCGCAAAUGGGGAACCCGGUGGUCACGGGUAGCGGAAGAGGUCCCCGUUCGCACCGCUGCCGAGUGCCGGCAUCACCAUGGCAAGAUGGUCACUGACGAAAAAGCGAGGGUCAAAAUUGGGAAGUUCACGGAGCGGGAGGAUGAUUUUCUAAUUGAACACGUCAAACACCACGGAAGAUCUCUCGGGCUCUGGACAACAGCCGCCGCCAUUCUAAAACGGACUCCUGCUGCUUGCCGCGAUCGAUACGAGCGCACUCUCACAAUUCGGGAUUGGCAGAAGGAGACUUUCCAGAAACUGCGGCAAUUGGCAAUGGAAGAUCCAGACGCCCAGCCGUGGGCCAAGUGGGCGCGCGAGCUCGGGAGUGCCGAUCAUAUGGUCCGCCACUACUACCACAUGCUCAAAAAGCGGGGCUACUUCAAACCGCGACCCGACAAAGAAGCGCUGCAGUACGUUCAGCUCAAAUUGCGCCACCCGCCUCAGAAGGAGAAGGCGGCAAAGCGCGCUAUGGAGGAGGCGACAUCAAUGGCUGUCAGGGAGGCCACGAGGGUGGCUGUUAUGAAGAAGAAGGGUGAUAAGAAAGGGGGUCAGGAGGAUGGCGAGGGUGGGGAGGAUGAUGAGGGUGAGGAGGCGCAGGGCUAG